AACAGCGAUCUCUCCGCUCCCCAAAGCCCUCCUCUCGACGCCGACACUUCGAGUGAUUACCGCCGCAGCGAGCUACUCCACAUCCCGCAGCGUCUCGGUCCUCACGUCGGGGACACCUCGCCUUCGCCAGGAAUUCCUAGUUUUGCUUCGGGAGGGCCGGACGUCCACCCAGGAGACGGAGUUUAUCGGAGCCUCCAGCAGACCGCAUCAUAAAGUUGACCCGCUAACCACCUAGCCUAGCUAGCUAGCCAGCUAGCCAUCUAGCCCUGUGCUAACUAGCUCGCUCUGCUAUGCUUUGCUAGAAGGUGAAGCCUAAGUCGGAGUCUUUCGUGUCAGUUCAGGGGGCGUCGUGUUACCGCCGAGCAAGCAACCCGCCCUCCGGUCCCCCGUCUGCCCGUCGGAGCUCGGUACCGCCGGGAGUGGUGUUGAUAACAGCGCGGGCGCUAGCUGGUGUGUGGGCCCGUACACCCCGCUAGCUGCUAACCCCCUGCGCACUGAGCCUGGCAGCCCGCUGAAGGCCUCGCUCCCUCAGCCCCGCCGCCCCGCGGAGAGCACACAGCUUCCUUGGUGACACAGAGACUUCUCCUUGAGGAGCCAAGAAGGAGACGGCUCAUGACUUCUGAUCAGGACACGAAAGUUGUAGCUGAACCACAGGGCCAGCAAGUUCAAGAGGCAAAACACAACUCUCACCUGGACUCCGCCAAGGUUUCCGACCUGAACCCCAAUGCCAAGGCAUGGGCCAACCACAUGUUUAACCUGGACCCCAGCGGAGGAGGAGCCUGCACCCCUCCCCCGGCCUGCCCCCCAUGGAAGGACGGUAGUGACGCCACCCAGCCCGGCCCCCGAGCGCACGUGGCGGGGGACCACAAGGCCCUACAGGAGCCCGUGCUGACGGCGCCCGAUGACCCCCCCCCCGCCCCCCUGAUGCUGGCUGACCAGAGCCCCCUGGCCCCCCUCUCCCUGGAGGCCGGCCCCCAGGCCUUCCCAGAGUACCCCGAGCCGGGCCAGGACGUCCCGCAGACAGCGGGAGGGGACUCUCAGUCGGAGAACCCCCAGGAGAGUCUCAGGGAGCUGCUGAAGAAGACCCUGGAGUUCUGUCUUUCUCGGGAGAACCUAGCCAGUGACAUGUACCUCAUCUCCCAGAUGGACAGUGACCAGUACGUGCCAAUCAUCACCGUCGCCAACCUGGAUCACGUCAAGAAGCUCAGCACCGACGUGGAGCUCAUCGUGGACAUCCUGCGCUCUCUACCAUUGGUCCAGGUAGAUGAGAAGGGGGAGAAGGUUCGGCCCAAUCAGAACCGCUGCAUCGUCAUCCUCAGGGAGGUUCCAGAGAGCACUCCCAUGGAGGAGGUGGAGGCCCUGUUCAAAGGAGACCACCUCCCCAAAUUCCUGAACUGUGAGCUGGCCUACAACGACAACUGGUUCAUCACCUUCCAGUCAGAGGCCCACGCACAGCAGGCGUACCAGUACCUCAGAGAGGAGGUGAAGACCUUUCAGGGGAAACCCAUCAAGGCCAGGAUCAAGGCGAAGGCGAUCGCCAUCAACACUUUCAUGCCAAAGAACGGGUACCGGGUUCCGGCUGAGGUGAACCCCUACGCCCCUGGGGGCCAGCAGCAGCAGCAGCAGCAGCAGCAGCAGCAGCAGCAGCAGCAGCAGCAGCAGCAGCAGCAGCAGCAGCAGCAGCGCUACACCUCCUACUACAUGCCCCCGGUCUACAGCCCCCAGCAGCAGUACCCCCUCUACAGCCUCAUCACGCCCCAGGCCUGGUCCACCACACACAGCUUCAUCGACCCCCAACUGGUUACUCCGUUCCACAACACCCAGUUCAUCAACGGCUUCACGUCCCACAGCUUCAAACCGGCCACAUCCCCCCUCAACGUGAGGCACUACCCCCCCAGGAACCGGACCCACAGUAAGCCCCACCCUCGGCCCAGCCUGGCGCCGGUGGAGCGGUCCUCCGGCCUGCUGGACAGCCCCCCCCUGUUCCCCAGCUUCCCCAGCGACCGGCUGCUGAACGGGGGGGUCCGGGGCCCUGCACCCCCACGCCCCGCUCCCGGCCCCCCCCGCCCCCGCAUUCCCUCAGGCCCCGCCUUCCCCCGCCGGGACGUCGCCGGCACGGGACGGCUGGCCGAGCCCCCCCCCGCCGCCGCAACCGCCCCACCCGGGGCGGACUACUCCCUGGGCCUGGGGAGGGGAAGGAGGAAGAGGGAGGACAAGUUUACAAGGGUGGUGCCCCAGUCUCCGCCCCCCCCUCCCAAACCGUCGUCCCCCAGCUUCGAGCUUGGCCUCUCCAGCUUCCCCCCGUUGCCCGGGGCAACCGGCCAGCGCCGGCCCGACGACGCCUUCGACACGCGGCUGGCCAGCAGCGUUCUGAUUGGCUCAGCCAAGGAGCAGAGCUCUGACGCCGCCGCCCCCACGGCCCCCCCACCAGGGGGCCCCAGGGAGCCCAUCUGGACCGUCGCACCCCCGCCGCCCUCCAGCUUCCAGCCCACGGCCAGCAACUCCAGCCCGGGCGCGGGCCCUACGCCGGCCCCAGGCUCCACCCCGGGCCCCAGCCCGCCCCAGGCCCCGGCCAUCUCAGCCCCUCACCUGGAGGUGAAGGUGGAGGUGCGGCAGCAGAAGGAGGUGGAGGUGAGGCAGCAGAAGGAGGUAAAGGUGGAGGUGAAGCAGCAGCAGCAGAAGGAGGUGCACUCUGCUGUUGAAAGGGUUCCUGGCUCUCUGUCCACCGCCAGCAAGUCAGUGCAGGUCAACGGAGCCGCCACGGAGCUGAGGAAGCCGUCCUACGCUGAGAUCUGCCAGAGAAUCAGGGAGGCACCGGCGUCCCAGGCCCCGCCCCACGCGCCCAAGGACGCCCGCGCGACCUGCGGCGCCCCCGCUGGCGAGGACAGGAAGUGCGACGCGGUGCCGGCCGACGGCGGCCGGGUGGCCGAGCACCGGUCCACCAGAGAGACUUACUCCUCCUCCUCUUCCUCCUCCUCCUCCUCCUGCUCCUCCAGGCCGGGCUCCGUGGCCCUGGGCCGAGGGCCCCCCCCCCGGGAGGCCCGGCGGCCCCCCAGCCACUGGCCCUCCGCCCCCUCGCAUCCAGGGAAGACCCCAAGCAAAGACCCCCACCACACGCCUCCCAAGUCCCCACAGUGAGGGGGGUACGCCCCCGCUCUCCCCCCUAACGCCCCCGCACCCCCCUCCACCUGCUCCUUCCCUCACCUCCUCUCCCCCUCCUCACUAACGGUUAGAAAUGGAAGUCAGGUUCUCGUCUCUUCCUGCCGACCGGAGGCCGCUGGUCUGAGUCCGGAUCUCCAGACCCACACGGCCGUCAGACCAGCACGGCCACAUUACUGUGCAUGUAGAGCACCUCCUGCACCUCCUGCUCCUCCUCCUCCUCCUCCUCCUGCUCCUCUUCCUCCUCUGCCAUACAGACGUCAGGGCGCUGUGGGGUUUGCAUCCACAGUGUGAUCCCUGAACUGCCUUCUGCCGUGCUGCCGACCUGCUCCAGCACGCAGGCUUCCCAUUGGCCCGCUGUGGCCAGAUGACCUCCCGGUGGUUGUGUCCCUGAGCAGGAGGUGCAGAUGAGUGACGGGACGGCACGCGUGAGGUUGCACCGACGGGUGGGGGCUGGUGGUGUUUUUUUGUUUGGUCUUCAUAACAUAUUUGCAUUUCCAUCUCAUGACCACCACACUGACCUGCUGGUCGACAUUUGAAAGGAUUUUAUUUGUAUAUUUUGUAGAUCGCUUACUGCACUAGAUGUCGUCGCUAUUGUUUUUUCGGGUUCCUUACUAACUGCAGUUUCCGACUGUUGUCCCAACAUGGUCAAUAAUGUCCUGUACUCUUUGUGUUUCUCAGCAACGUUUAACAUUUUCCCGCCAAAAUCGGCGGCCAUUUUCUAAUUAUUUGAUUUACAUUCAAAUUUUCAUCUGAUUCGGCUUUUUCGGCAAGCUUUGCAAUGGAACAUAGCAUGCUACUAACAAUCCGAGGGUCCACCCCAAGGAUGGUCACCUGUGGGUGGUCUGCUCACAGGGUCGGUCCGUGUUGAACGGCGGUUUGUACAGAGUGGGGGGGGGGGGGGG